AUGAAUCAAUAUACAAGUAGUGAAGCAUUUGAUUGCUGCACAAGGAAGGGAGUGACUCCAGAAAGGAGUUUUGUAUUAUGUGGGGAUCUCACAGACAUUACCGAAGGAACAAUUAUGAUAGAGAUGUUAUUUCUGUUUGGGGUAAAACAACCAAAGAUUGCUGAUAAGCGGUUUAAGGAAAGUGGAGAGUUGGGUGCUGUAUUAAUAACUACUAGUCAAGACUUAGAGUCUGAGUUGUUACCUAAGGUGGUGGCUGUGAGAUCUAACCCUGAACGCAGGUGGAAAAUUAUAUGGCCUGAAAAGGAAGGCAGUGAAAGAGCUGCUGAACCAUUAAUUGUGGGUGAAAUGUCCUCUCCGGCUAGAGGAGAUCUCUCUGCAGCUGGGGCAGAAGGUAGUCAAUCACAGGGUACUGAGGAAAAGUUAGGGAAUCAGUUAGAAGUUAUAGCUGAUAAAGUAGUACAUCAAUUAGAAAGAUGGCAUUAUGAGGGUAGCUAUAGGCGAUUGAGGAUUUUUUCAGGAAUACUUCCUGUACCUACUGGUGAGGAACCUUAUGAGGCCUGGAGGGAGGCAGCUAUACCGCAGUCUGAGGAGUGGCAUUGCCCCGAUCAUAUAAAGAAACAAAGGAUUGUAGAAAGUUUACGGGGACCUGCUAUGGGAAUCAUUCAGGGCACUAGGAAAAGUAAUCCUGAGGCCACUGUGGCUGACUACUUCCAGGCCUUAGAAUACACAUAUGGGACAUUAGAAGAUGUAUGUGAUUUGGUUGCUAGAUUCAACCAUACUUAUCAAGAGACAGGGGAGAAGUUGUCACAGUAUGUGUAUAGAUUGGAUAAAAUAAUACAUAAAAUUGUAGAUAAAGGAGGAUUAUCCCCUGCUGAGGUUAAUAGUAGUAGGUUAAAACAAGUAAUUCGAGGAGCUUUAACGACUGACCCUGUGGCUCAGCGGUUGCGGUGUACUGCUUUAUUAUUGGGAAGCCCCACCCUUAAUGAUUUAAUGAAGGAGAUUACCCAGGAGGAAGCUUUAAUCGCCAAUAGGGAAAAAACCCAUGCCAAAGCCGUAAAAGUAGUGGUACCCUCCCCUGAGGCUCAAGGGUCAAGGGAUGACAAGUUACUUACGUUGGUAGAAGAACAAAAUAAAAAAAUGGACCAGCUUAUUCUAGCUCUAAACCAAAGGGUGGCACCUUCCAAUGUAGCUUCCCGUAAUUCUACUAGGGGGAUUAACAACGGUAGGGGAAAUUUUAGGAGAGGUGGAGAUUUUACAUCAAGAGGGUGUUUCUGA